AUGACUCGUAAUCGGGUGUUUGGUGCUGCAGGCACUACUAUAGAAACUGCUUCUAAUUCAACUGCAAAUGUCACUCCUGUUGAUACUCACCAUGAUAACCAAUACCACUCUGACAACCGUGCACACGAACAAACGGUUGAUGUUGAUCAUGAAGAUGAACAAGACACAGAAAGCUCCACUUUACUUGGCCAUCCAUCCACUAUGCCUGCAGAGACCAGUACAUUUGGGUUUUGGUGGAGAUGGAUACUGAAUCAAACAUCAAUGGCGGUGCUACUGUCCAUUCUUGUUUUGGUUUUGGGCAGUUGUGUUGGAAUUCAUUUUACAAUGCUUAAUGGACUGGGACUGCCUGGCAAAGUGCGAUCUACUACAGAUCCGCUAGUCUUGGAUGGAUCACAUCCAUCUGGUGAACUGGCCUGGCAGCACAUCACCAACAUCACUACUCAUCCACACAUGUUCAACAGCCACGAAAAUCUCCGUGUCCGUCAGUACAUUAUCGACCAACUGGUAGACAUGAAGAACUCUCUGCAGUCCAUGUACUGUGCUCCUACAUCUGAUCCUCUUUUUGUUCUCGACACUUUUGACAACACUAAUAUCAUGGUUGAAAAUUCGAAUUUUGCUCACAAUCCUCCUGUUAUCGACUAUUACGAAUCAAAUAACGUUCUUGCCAAGAUCCAGGGUCGAUCUGCUACCCAUGAGGCUCUGUUGAUCUCUGCUCACUUUGACUCGGUCAUGCUGGCUCCCGGUGUUACUGAUGACGGAAUCUCAAUUGGAUCUAUGCUGGCUACAUUGCAGAGUCUACUGAUUCGUCACUGUCGAUCCCCGUUUAAAUACGACAUCAUUUUCAAUUUUAAUAAUGGCGAAGAAAUGGGCUUGUUUGGUGCCAAUGCAUUUGUCAAGCAUCCUUGGAUCAAGAAUGUCAAGGCGUUUAUGAAUUUAGAGGGAACUGGUGCUGCUCAGGGUACUCGCAGUGUUCUCUUUCGAACAAACUCGCUGCCUAUUGUUGAGGAAUACAUGUCCAAAGCUCCGUUUCCACAUGCUUCUGUUAUUAUCAAUUAUCUCAUGGGUUCAGUUCCAAGUGAAACUGACUAUCGUCCGUAUACUGUUGAUGCUCGACUACCUGGUAUCGAUAUUGCAUUUAGUGCAAACCGAUAUCUUUAUCAUACUCCAAAGGACGAUAUUGCUCACGCCAAGCCUAUUGCUGCCCAGCACAUGUCAGAGAAUAUAUUGAGUGUCGCAUUGGGUCUUUGCGAAAAAGACUCCAUUUUGCCUACUCUUGGAAUGUCACCAGAUUUGUCUCACCAAGAUACGACCGUGCUUCCUGUACCAAAUUUUGCUUACUUUGAUAUUGCCGGUGCCAUUGGUAUUGUCAGAUCACACGGCGCGCUCAUAUUUUCGUCAAGUGCACUGCUAUUGAUAUGUGUAGGAGUGUCAUUUCUCAAACUCGCUACCCUCUAUUAUCGUAUCGGAUUUCAUCGCUUAGUCAAUCAAGGAAUAAGACCAUUUUUUGAAGCCAUGGCACUAGUGUGGUUUUCAUUCUUGUCUGUUUUCUUGGCUGUCUAUAUGAGUUCUUGGAUCAAACACCACUUUAACCCUGCAUCUUCUUAUGGUCGACCUCUAUUGUCGUUUGCAGACACAAUCUCACUUAUUUUGGGAUUAUUUUGUCUUAUUCAAAUCAUCUGGCCUGUGAUAGCUGUAAAACUCGGUCUACGUGACUCUGCUCCACUGAUCACGUAUCAUGAGUUACCAUCUGAACCUCCACACAUUGAUUACUACGAAGAUGUUGCCAAUCAAGAGCAAGUGCCUGCGUCUCUCCAAACAGAUGUUGAGCAUGGACAGUCUGAGGAUGCAAAUUCAUCAUCCCCAAUUCAAACAGGUGGCCAUAUUCUGCAAUCUAUGAGGGUUGUGACUCCUUCAGGCCCAUCACUGGCCGCAUGGCUUCCAUUUGGUCUUCUUGGAUUCUGGCUCUCACUUUGUACUGUCAACCUUGUGUUGAAUCUUUUCAACAUUUCGGUCAUGUUUUAUGUAUACAUUUGGGCCUUUUACUCUGGCGUUGCCUGUAUUCUGACGCUUGCACUCGAAUCUUCUUUGCGUCGCUGGUAUCGUCUUGGUGUUGCUGGGUUUGAACACGAAGCAGAUCAGCCUGAAGAUCAUUUAAAGUAUUCUAUUUUAAAAUACUACAACCAGUAUUUUUGGCUUGUGAAUUUUGUCAUUGCAACUGUAGUUCCUUUUAUUCAAACAUUUGAUUUGCUGCACGAGUGUCUUUUGGAUGUGCCCAACAUGAUUGCUGAAGGCUUAUCUGGCCCAAUAUACGAUACUAUUGUUUCCGGUCUUGUUGGGCUGUUGCUCCUCAAUACACUUCCUCUCCUAUCUCUUUGCCAUCGUCGAUUAACAGCAUCUGUCAUGAUUUUCAUUUUUUGCGUGCUAUGGCUGACUGCUGUCAUGACAAACGGAUUUUCUCCCGAUCGUCCUCAAGGUAUGACAUAUAUGGAAGCGUGGGAUAUCAGCAACACCACCAACUCUACAUCACCUUUGGUUACUAUGAACAUUAUGUCUACCAUGCAAGCUUCGGAAUGGAAACAUCGUAUAACAACUAACCCAGCCAUCAUGAGUCAGCUAUCGACAGUUUUACCCAAAAUGGAACUAAUUUGCGAUAAUAGUGACAAUACAUGCUCUGUGCUGAACGCCGCUUUGCCAAUUAUUGAUCCAAAUCUCCCUACAGACCAAUUAAUUACAAUUGACAUGAUGGUGAGAGAAACUAAAACUGCCAUGACAGUGGAAGGUACAUUUGUUGGUUUGCCCAACUCGCGUAUUUGUCAACUCUCUACUACAAGUGACGAAGCAGGCGAGUUCUUGGUCAAAGGCGCAUGGAUCGAUCCCUUCCAAACUGGAAAGUGGAUCACAGGAUCUAAUAGUACAAUCGAAGUAGUUGGUCGUCCCACACCAGGAGUCGACUAUUCUGUUCCUCUAACAAUUUAUCGUCGCGAGUUUGAAGGACAGGGUGUGAAGGAUAAAAGGAUUCGAGUUCCGUUUAUUCUUCAGUUUGAUCGUGGCCAAAACAUAAACAAGGUUCGAAUCAGUGUCACUUGUUUUUUGGGAAUCCAAGUAAGCCCUACCUUUAAGGUUUUUGAAGAAAGUUUGCCUGAUUGGAUGAUGUUCAAGGAUGGAAGUCUGAAGCGACGAUUGUUGCCCUUUCCGUUUGGCCGUGCUGGAGCUGUUGGGGUCACAAAAACAUUUUUUGUCGUCUAG